AUGAUAUUAGUUCAUGACACGACCUUAUCUUCUAACAUCUGGUGCACAAUUUCAGCUAUCAUUCUCAUACAAAGUGUAGAGGGAACUGGAAUGUUUGAUAAUUUUGAUGUCACCAACAAAAAGGCAAUUAUUACGGGUGCAUCCCAGGGUGUUGGAGCCGAGUUUGCUAAACUUUUGUAUGGAAAAGGAUGUUCCGUUGUGAUUGUGGCUAGAACAGAAUCCUUACUAAAGCAGGUAGUAAAGGACGCUAUUGAUAUUCACGGGACCGAGAAGGGCAACACAAUUUCUUACGUGGCAGCAGAUAUCUCCAAAUAUGACCAGUGUGAGCGUGUUUUAGAGGAAGUUGGUUUUAGUCCCGACAUAGUUUUCUGUUGCGCUGGCUCCUCCAUCCCCGGACUUUUCUUAGAGCUUGAUGAAAAGACUCUGAGCAGUGGAAUCGAUAUCAAUUACAAGACAGCGUUGUACUUCUCACAUGUUGCGCUCAAGGUAAUGACAAAGGUAGAAAAGCCCUACAAAAGGCACUUGGUGUUUUUUUCAUCUGUACUGGCAUUCUAUUCGUUCAUUGGAUACGGUCAGUAUGCCCCAAUGAAGGCAGCAUUGCGAUCAUUGAGUGACAUACUACGUCAAGAAGUGUCGAUACACAAUAUCAAAGUUGAAUGCAUAUUUCCAGGAAAUACUUUAAGUGAGGGGUUCCUGGAGGAAGAGAAAUCAAAACCAGAAAUCACUAGGAUCAUCGAGGGCCCAUCGUCACCAAUCUCCACAGAACAAUGUUGCAAAAUAAUCUACAACGCCUUGCAAAGUGGGUAUCAGUACGUGACUACAGAUUUCAUAGGGUAUGUGCUGAUGAGUGCAUCUUUAGGGGGCAGCCCCAGGUACUAUGGCGUUAUCCAGGUGAUAAUUUCAUUCCUUUUCAGCAUUUUUGCACCAAUUGCCUCUAUGUUCGUUAACAAACAAAUACGAGACUACUUCAAGAAACAAAGCAGAAUAUCCCCAUCGUCAUCAUCAUCGCCAUCUCCCGAGAGAGAACAAAAAGAUAAGUAG